AUGGAAAAAGAAAACGUCUGGAGCGAGUACGCUGACACCAUCUCCGGCGUAUGGAAAUGCGUAUCCUUCGAGAUGUUCGACGGGACCGGACCGAAAAAGACGCUUAUCGCGAAGCCUCACGGCGAGAAUCCGCUCGGGCGGGUGUCGAUAUCACCUCAAGGAUGGCUGUCUGCACAUCUCGCCCGCCCGGAACGGAUGCAUCGACUGAGAUCUGGCAAGCCGUGGCAGACGGCGCCUGAUAAGGAAGUUGCGUAUGUCGCUCGGGGGCUGUCCAUGUAUUGCGGGUAUUUGCAGCUUUUCAAGGACAAGAAUGGGCGAUUGUAUUGGCAGACGAAGGUGGAGAUUGCGAGUGAUCCGGGCUGGAUGGGAGGUGUUCAGGAGAGGAACGUUACGUUGUUGACUGAGGAAGGUGGGAAGCAGUUUAUGGUCUUGGAGCCGGUGGAGGAGAGGAUGUCUGAUGAUGGCAGCAAAACGAAGGCUGUUUUGAAGUGGGAGAAGAUCGAAUGA